CGCCGCCUGUGCCUACUCGGGUGGGCGUGGCGGAGGGCCGCCCCCUUUGGGCCGCCGUCGCGGCGCUGGGGCUGCUUUGCGGAAGUGUGCGGGCGGGCGGCCGGUGGAAGAUGGCGGGGGUGGAGAGCAGCUCCCGGUACUCGGGGGGAUCGGCGCUUCAGGACCUGCUGUCCCGCUUCACCUGCCCCGUCUGCUUGGAGGUGUUUGAGAGCCCGGUGCGGGCCCCCUGCGGCCACGUCUUUUGCACUCCAUGCCUGCAGGAAUGUCUGAAGCCUAUUCAACCAGUUUGUGGAGUCUGCCGCAGUACUCUGUCUCCUGGCAGUAGAGCUCUGGACCUGGAAAAGCAAAUUGAAAUGACAGAAACCACUUGUGAUGGCUGCAAUAAAAAAAUGUACCUCUCAAAGAUGCGUAGUCAUGCAGCUUCUUGUUCAAAAUACCAGAAUUAUAUAAUGGAAGGCGUUAAAGCUGUAACUAAAGAACCACCUCGUAACACCAGGAAUGUUCCAAAUCGUUUUACCUUUCCUUGUCCUUACUGCAGUGAGAAAAACUUUGAUCAGGAAGGACUAGUUGAACAUUGCAAAAAAUACCACAGCAUGGAUGCAAAACAAGUGGUUUGCCCAAUUUGUGCCUCAAUGCCAUGGGGAGAUCCAAAUUACAGGAGUGCUAACUUCAUGGAACAUCUUCAGCGGCGACAUCAGUUUUCCUAUGAUACUUUUGUGGAUUAUGAUGCUGAUGAAGAUGACAUGAUGGCACAGGUUUUACUACGUUCCUUAAGGGAUCAGUGAACUAAGUGGGAGAUAAACUGUAUACCAACUUUCCAUUAGGGGAAAAUACACAGCAUCCCUGACACCUGUCCCUUCUCAUCCCAAGAUGAUUUCCGACAUCUGAAAAUAAAUAUGGAAGAUUUUUGAAGAACUGCAGUUUCUUGGCUCCAGUACCUGAUCUCUCCAUACAUUACUAUGGAUCUUGUCUAUGUUAGUGGUCUCUUUGCUGCUGCUCAUCCACUUCCGGGUAGUUCUCUUGCUUCCUUCACUCUAAAGGCUUGACUACACUUGAAACACUACAGUGGCAUAGCUGCGCUGCUGUAGCGCUUCAGUGAAGAUGCUGCCAACGCCAGCAGGAGGGGCUCUCCAGUCCAUGUAGGUAAUCCACCUCUCCGAGAGGCCGUAGCUAGAUCAACAGAAGAGUUCUUCCAUCAACCUAGUGUUGUCUAUACUGAGGGUUAACUUAGCUUAACUAAAUCACUGGGAGGUGUGCAUUUUUCACAUCCCUGAGUGACGUAGUUGGAUUGAGCUAACUUUUUAGCGUAGACCAGGCCUUAGACCAGGUUUUUGCUUAAAACUUGUACUGGUGUGGCUAUGUCAGUUAGAGGUGCGAAGAAACCCACACCCCGGAUGGACAUAGCUAUAUCUACAAAACUCCCAGUGUAGAUGCUGCCAUGCUGACAUGAGUGCUUCUCUUGGCAUAGAGGUGGUGGUGGUGUUCCUAAACUGGCAGAAAAACUUUGUUGAUGUACACCGCAUCUCCACUAGCGGUCUGUGCUGGUAAAGGCUCUCUAGCAUAGAGACACAGCUUAAGUUUAGCCAGUUCUGUUCUUUAUAUUCCUUUCUGAUUUCCUCAGAUCCCAUAAACACUAUAAAGCUUCAAGAAGGAAUGGCCUAAAUUGACUUUUGAAGACUAUCAAAAAAAAAAAAACAA